AUGGAGAAGGAAGAGGGGUCAAAAGGGCCUGAAACAGCCAGGGAGCCUAACGACAUUGACAUGGAGCCAGGGACGGCCGCAGCGGGGGGAGCGACAGACCUCAAGCAGCAGCAAGAACUACAACACAUUGGCACGUUGGAACGUAAGCUCAAGUCUCGCCAUGUGCAAUUCCUCGCCCUCUCUGGCGCCAUCGGCACGGGGCUCUUCGUUGGCAGCGGCCAGGUCCUCUCCCUGGCCGGCCCCCUGUCGGCCUUCAUUUCGUACGCCGUCACGGGCUUCAACCUCUACUGCGUGAUCAACAGCCUCGGCGAGAUGGCGGCGUGGCUUCCGAUACCCGGGGCCGUGCCGAUCUUUGCGGCGCGCUUCGUCGACCCCGCCCUUGGCUUCACCCUGGGGUGGAAUUACUGGUACCAGUUCGCCAUCGGCGUCCCGAUCGAGGUCACCGUCUCGGUGGUCAUCCUCGACUACUGGGACCACGCGGUCCCGCGCGCGGCCCUGAUCACCAUUUUCUUCCUCGCUAUGGUCGGCGUCAACUGCCUGCCGGUCCGGAUAUACGGCGAGGCCGAGUUCUGCUUCGGCGCCAUCAAGCUCACCACCAUCGUCGGCCUCAUCCUCCUCAUGUUCGUCAUCACCGUCGGCGGCGGGCCGAGCGGCGAGGCCAUCGGCUUCCGGUACUGGAACGACCCCGGGCCGAUGCGCGAGUACCUCCGGCCGGGCGUGCUCGGCCGGUUUCUCGCGUUCUGGAAGGUCUUCAUCCAGGCGACCUUCUCCUACGGCGGCAGCGAGAUGGUCGUCGUCGCGUCCGGCGAGACGGAGAACCCGCGGCGCAACAUCCCCAAGGCGAUCCGCCGCGUCUUCUGGCGCAUCGCCGUCUUCUACGUCCUCGCCAUCUUCCUCGUCGGGCUGUGCGUGUCGUCAGAGGACCCGAGCCUGCUCGACGCGAUCGGCAGCAGCGCGCCCGGCGCGGCCCAGAGCCCGUUCGUCAUCGCCAUCCGCAACGCGGGCAUCCGGACGCUGCCGUCCAUCAUCAACGGCGUCAUCCUCAGCUCGGCCUGGUCGGCGGGCAACUCCUUCUUCUACGCGUCGACGCGGGUCCUGUACGCGGCCGCGCUCGACGGCAAGGCACCCGCCGUCCUCCGCUUCGAGCGGUUCGGCGUGCCGUACGCCUGCGUCGCUGCCACGACGGCGCUGGGCUGCCUGGUCUACCUCAACGUCAACAACCGCGCGGCCGAGGUGUUCUUCUGGAUCAGCAACCUCAGCGCCGUGAGCACGCUCGUCGUCUGGGCCAGCGUGUGCUUCGUCUACCUGCGCUUCUACCAGUGCCUCAAGCACAACGGCGUCGACCGCGACACGCUGCCGUACAAGGCCCCGAUGCAGCCGUUCCUCGCGUGCUUUUCCAUCGUCUUCUGUCUGGCCGUCGCCUUGUUCAACGGCUUCGACGCGUUCUUCCCGGGACGGUUUAGCGCCAAGACGUUUCUGCCGCCGUACAUUGACAUACCGAUUUUCCUGUCUCUGUUUCUGGGAUACAAAUUUGCCAAAAAGACCAAAUUUGUGAAGCUGUCGGAGAUGGACAUUUGGUCCGGAAAGGCGGAGAUUGACCGGCUUGAGCCGACGUGGCCGGUCGUGAAGCCGCGGAACUGGCUAGAGAGGAUCUGGUUCUGGAUAGCGUAA